UUUUCAACCGAAGAAUACAAAAAUGUGCAUCCGCGUAAUUGUUUUGAUACUUUUCUCGACACUAUGCGCAAGUGCCUUGCAAACCAAUUACGAUUUAUAUACCGCGAAUGGAAUUAGCUCUGGGUUAUCGGUUGAUCGACCUGAUUUCACUUUAAACGGGAAAAAUAUAAGCAUUUACAGUGGUGCCAUCCAUUACUUUCGGGUUCCGAGAGUGUACUGGAGAAACCGUUUGACAAAAUUAAGGGCGGCUGGGUUUAAUGCCGUCGAAACAUAUAUUCCAUGGAACCUGCAUGAACCACAGUCCGGUGUUUAUGAUUUCGGCAAUGGCGGAUCUGAAAUGGAAGACUUUCUCCAUCUGGAAACGUUCAUCGAAUUGGCUCAGCGUGAAGAUCUUUUCGUCAUUAUCCGUGCAGGCCCAUUCAUUUGCGCUGAAUUCGAAUACGGGGGAUUUCCCAGUUGGUUGCUUAGAGAACGUGACAUCGCAUUUAGGAGUUCUAAUUCAGUUUACAUGCAGUACGUAAGCAGGUGGUUUAAUGUGUUACUUCCGAUACUGGCCAAACACCAGUUCACCAAAGGGGGUGCGAUAAUUAUGUUCCAAGUUGAGAACGAAUUCGCUCAGAAGGAUAAGGGAAACGAUAAAACCUAUUUAAAUGAGCUUCGCCAAUUAAUGUUGGAUAACGGAAUUGUGGAAAUUUUAAGCACCGCUGAUAACCCCUGGAGAGGAGUUGGAGGAACUAUUCGAGACGAGUUUUUCAUGACAGGCAAUUUCGAUUCAGAUGCCAUUCAAAAUCUAGAUUAUUUGAGGAGCUAUCAGCCGGGAAAACCAAUCAUGGUUAUGGAGUACUGGUCAGGUUGGUUUGAUUAUUGGGGAACAUCGCAUCAAACCAAAGCUGUUGAAGAAUUUGAAGAGAUUUUUGAACAAAUUCUCUGGUAUCCGGCAUCGGUCAACGUUUAUAUGUUCAUCGGAGGCACAAAUUUCGGCUUCCUAAGUGGGGCUGAAAAUCUGGCGUUUGACGAUCUAAAUACCAAAUUCUCACCGAUCACCACGAGUUACGAUUACACCGCGCUAUUGACAGAAGCUGGCGAUUACACAGACAAAUAUUACGCUGCUCAGCGACUUAUCGCCAAAUAUAAUCCGUUUCCCACGCUUUUACCUGAAAUGCCGGCGCUGGUCCACAGGAAAGCUUAUUCAAGCGUCGCCGUUCAAGAACAAAUAACUCUCUAUGAAGUAAUUCCGACGCUGCCUUCUUUUGUUACGUAUCAUCCCGUGUCGAUGGAAAAUAUGGACAUCAACAACGGUAACGGCCAAAGUUACGGCUACGUAGUUUACAGGAAAACACUGGAUUUGGAUGCGAAUUCAUUAUUAAAAAUUGUGGGAAGAGUGUGCGACACCGUUAUAGUUCUCGUGAACGGCAAGAGAGUAUCGCCAGUGCUGGCCAAAGCUGCUGAUUUGAAUAACUUUGGUACGUGGAGGACGGAAAAUAGCUCUCUGAAGUUGACUGACGAAGAUCUUCGCGAUGCAACGCUUGAUUUGGUGGUGGAAAAUUGGGGUAGAGUAAACGUGGGUGUCUACUAUCAACCCAAAGGUUUGUGGCAGGGCGAUAUCGAGAUCAACGGGGAACCCGUUCACGAUUGGCUGAUGUACCCGUUGGAAUUUAAGAAAAGCUGGACUGAUUCUCUUUCGCAGUGGAAAACUUUCGCUGUGUCCGAUAAUAAUGACGAACCGAAAAUUUAUAGAGGCAAUUUGGAGAUAUCCGACACGCCGCGAGAUACUUACGUAGACAUGGAGAAUUGGACGAAGGGUAUUGUGAUCGUAAAUGGUUUUGUAUUAGGAAGGUAUGCCAGAAUUGGACCGCAGCAGACGUUGUACUUGCCGGCUCCGUUUUUGAUUGAGGGGUCUAAUCAAAUUGUAGUAUUCGAAGAGUUUACCUCCGACUCUGAGGUAAAAUUCGUAACAGAUCCAUUGUAUAAGAAUAAUUAAUAAAU